UGUCAAAGGUACUACAGUAGACUGUUAGAACGGACACACAGAGGGCUCUGUCCUCUCUCCAUAAUAGCAGGCUUCCUCUCCCUUCAGACCCACAGUGGACCCACACUACAUUGAACCAACCAACACCAGCAGAAUGCGUGUAGCCUGUCUGUUAGUGCUGUUCCUAUUGGCCCUGGUGCAGCUGGGAGGCUGUCUGCUGCUAGGAGCCUUCAACAUCAAGACAUUCGGAGACAAGAAGUCCUCCAACUCAACCCUCAUGGACAUCAUCACUCAGAUAGUGCACCGUUAUGAUAUCAUGCUGAUCCAGGAAGUAAGAGACACUGACCUAUCAGCAACCAACAAACUGAUGCAGCACGUCAACAAAGGCUUGUCUCCCUAUAGGUACAGUCACAUUGUCAGCGAGGAACUGGGCCGCAGUACCUACACAGAGAGAUACCUCUACCUGUACAGAGAGGAGACGGUCUCUGUGGCUAAGAACUACACGUACGAUGACGGCUGUGAGCCCUGCGGUACAGAUACCUUCAUCAGAGAGCCCUUCAUUGUCAUGUUCUCCUCGAACUACACAGCUGUGGGGAACUUUGUUUUGAUUCCUCAACACACGUCUCCAGACUCGGCAGUGAAGGAGGUUGAUGCUCUGUACGAUGUGGCCGCUGACGUCAGAGCUCGCUGGACACCAAUGUGA